GGCCAAGGGAGCGGGAAAGCUGCCUGGAGCCACCCCCUCUCCAGGCAGGGGAAAGCUGGAUGCGGGGGAGCGAGCCUGGAACAAACCUCGCCUGCGUUUGUGGGCAGAGCCGCGAGCAGGGAAAGCUGGGAACAGAAAAGAGGCAUUUCAUGCUCUCGGCUGAGUCACCGAAGUGUAUAAAAUCAAGGCCAGGCACUCGGAGUCACACAGAGGGGAGGCACGAGGCAUCAGGACUUCUGGACAGAUCUUGCAAGUUAAUUGCAAACCACUCAGGAGAAGGAUGUUUUCACGUUUGCUCAUCCUCACUCUUCUGGUGGGGAGCACAGCAUCAGGCCCCGUGAGCAAAGCAGAGUCUGCAGCAUCCAGGGAUGUCACCACCUUUUUCCAGCUGGCUCAGGAAGACUCUUGGGAGAACGUUAAUCUCACAAGCAUGUCCUGUGAGGAUCAGAAGAACAGGACCUGGAUCACCCUGCAGCUGACUAACAGCAGCCUGACAGCAUUCCCUGUCUGCCUUCCAGAAACCCUGGAGACCUUGGAUCUCAGCAACAACCUCUUAGAAGAGGUGAACGGCACGGAGAUAGCAAACCUCCCGCGGCUGCGCAUCCUCUCGCUGAGGCAGAAUCAUCUCCAGGCAGUCAGGUGGGGAUCCGAAGCCCUCAGCAGUCUCAUCUCUCUGGACUUAAGUUUUAAUAAACUGUCAUCUGUGCCAUCAUGCCACAGCUCUGCCCUGCCUAACUUGAGGUGGCUGUCCCUGGCUGGAAAUCCACUGAUUGAAAUCCAGUCGCUGGCUUUUUCCUGUUACCCUCAGCUACAGUUCCUGAACAUCUCUGCAACACUGCUCGGGCAGGAUGACAGCAGGGGAAUUAGCAAGUCUGCUUUUGCCAUCAGUGCAUCUCCCAGUGAGGCCACAAACAGGCCUGGAAACACUAUCAAAAUACUUGAUCUGAGCGGCACUUUUCUUGAGAAAAUUCAACCAGAGUGGACCAGAGACUUGCCCAACCUCAGAUCACUUUACCUAACAAAGAUGCCACGAUUAAGAAGCCUCGAUACUGACUUCUUCAAGUCCAUGCCUGGCCUCCGAGAGCUGAACUGUCAAGACUCCCACUCAUUGAGUUUCGUGAGGACAGAGAUGUUUGACAGUGCUCCUCAUCUGAGCCACCUCUCAUUUGAGAACUGUAACCUGAGUUCCUUUAAUCCUUGGAAUAUCAAUUCAUCGGAUAGAAUCAUCAUCAACUUGUACGGAAAUCCUCUAUUAUGCGACUGCCAGCUCUCCUGGCUGCUCUCCAAGCCCAAGAAAGUUGUGCUGCAAAAGGCUUGGGAGACUUUUUGCAAUACAUCCCAGGAAGAUUGGGGCAGCCCCUCAACUUCUUUUUCACUGCUGGAGCUCUACGAUAAAUGCCAGUCUGAGAGAAACGUUACUCUGCCUGACUCAAACACAGCCUCUCCUGAACAUGAUGCUUUCAGCCUUACCAGUUACAAUGCCACUACUGUAGUAACAACAGCCUCUGCUCUGCUAACCAAAGACACUUACACCAGCUCCCUAAUUCAGAGGAAUGUAAUGAGCACAACGGCAGCCAACCCCACUGACCUGAUGCUGACCAAGGCCAACAGUUCCUCCCACGAGGAGGAGGCAGUUUCCGAAUCCAUGAGCAAUCCCCCUUCCUUCACAUCUGUAACCACCUCCCCCUCCCCGAGUUUUCUCCAAGAGCUUUAUAGUCAGUCCUCAGAUUAUGGCUCCACGAGUCAAACUGACACAGAUCAGCUAAAGGGAGAGCUCAGAACAACCGAUGCGACGUUUCCCCAGGAAGACCCAUUGAACCAGCCCACCAGUGGUUAUUCUACUAGAGCCACAGAGAACUCUACUGCCACUCACCAGUUUAUUCGCUUCUUGGCCACUCAUACUGGGGAAGGUACACCACAAACCAGCCUACCACAGCUGAACUCCACAAGGACCAGUGCUCGUUCAGAGCCUGCAUCCGCCAGACCGCCGAUACAAUAUGUAGAUGACUACGAUUACGAUCAACAGUCGACGGAAACCCCAGUGCAACUGGCAUACACCCUCUGUGACUACAACCCUUGCAGGCACCUUCAGAAGCCGUGCAGGGAACUGCAGAGUGCAUCCCAAUGUUUAUGCCCUGGCAUGUCAAGGGAAGAUGAGGUUCCAGAUCCACCAAGGCUCAGAGAGGUGUCUGAAGUUACAGACAGCUCUGCACAGAUACGCUGGUGCGCCCCAAAUUCAGUUGUUCGCACCUAUGAGCUGGUGCUUCAUGCCCAAGGCAACGAGGACGGGCGGUUUGUCUUGGACAAUAUUUACUCCACAGCAAGGCAGCACACUCUGUACAAUCUGUCACCAUACACCACUUACCACAUUUGCGUGACUGCUUCCAACAAAGCAGGGUCAAGCCAGUCAGUGAGACAGGGAAUCCCAGGUAAUUCAUGCACCAAAUUUAAGACAAAGCCCAGCUACAAGUCUGUCUUUGCUGCUCUGUCUGCAGCAAGCGGACUCUUUCUCAUUUCCACUAUCAUUUUGUCUGUAUGUCUGUGUAAGACAUGUAAAAAGCCUCAGAGUGAGCAAUAUGGUACACACUUAGUCUCUUAUAAGAACCCAGCAUUUGAUUAUCCGUUAAAACUACAAACCACUAAUUAGUUCUAGGUGAUCGUUUUACACAUUCAAAGCUCACUGUCUCUAUCACCUUGGUAUGUUUUCAUGAGACUCUCAAAAUGUUCUUCAGCAAAACUAUGAAACAACAGGCUUCAUAGCCCUUAUGUUUCUAAGGGAGAGAAAAACACACAAAAAAGAAAAACUAAUAAUGAAGGUAGUCAAACAGAAAAAAAAGCCUUUGGACUCUUGUUCAUGUGCUAAGCAGCAGCAAACCUGGACACUAACCUUGAAAAGUUGUUUUUAUAAUCACCUACAAACACACCAGCAUCCCUUUCACACAAUGAGGGGCUGCCUGGCCAGCUGUCUGCCUCCAGCACCUCUCACGAAUGCAGUCUGCUGGGAGCCAAGAUGCAUCUAGCUAAGCAAGAUAGACUCAGCUUUUAUUCACCUAAGUGAACCUGGGUUUCCAGUUUCUUCUAAAGUCCAUAUAAAGGUUCCUCAGGCUAGGUGGCAAGGUGCUGUGCAGAUCUAACUCCAUUAAAUAACUCCGGUCACUGCAACUGCUCAACUCAACUUCAGUUCAGGAAAAAGAAACAUGAAGAUUAAUUGUACAAAUGUACAGUGCCGGAUCCUUAGGGCAGGGAUAAUUGUUUUGUUCUGACUUUGUAUGGUGUUUUUCACAACUGAGGCUCCCGAGUGCUCCCACAAUACCGAUUUACAGGCAGCGAGGAGGUUGCAGUACAGCAGUAACACACAGAAGGGGAGACAGCAUUAGCAUUUACUUCACAAUUGGUUUUAAACAGAGAUGAUUGUUUGGUCCCUCCUACAGAUUUAGCAGGCUGAUAAUUUACCUCAUGCAAAGGCAAAGAGCCAAAUAGUGAAAUAAUUUAAUGAGUAUGUUGCUGAGAUUUGAACAAUUGAAAUCCCAUCCACUAGCAGCACAGUUAUGUCAACAUCUUUCAAAUGUACUUUUGGGUGCUAAUUUCUGCUACAAAAAUGGUAAGAGAUGCAAAGAAUCCCAGUUCUUCAGCAGGUUUUAGCUUGCCAUUAAAAUUCAAAGAGAUGUUUGUGUAAGGGGAGGCAUUUGUCCCAAUCAAAUAGCACCUAUUCAGAGACCCACAGGUUUAUGUUCCGGUAGCUGCAUGUUUCUGCUGCUGUAUACUGCUGUAGCUGUAUAGAUACAAUAUGUAAAAUCCCCACAGAUCUCAGAAAGUGAAAGGUGCUAUACAGUACAAAAGAGUCUCUGUUCUGUUAUUUUUUUUUCAAUGCUUCCAGAAUUAAUGGAAAUAAAAGCUACAGAGUUGAGUUCUGAUUCUUUGUUAAA